AUGGCGCUCAGCUCUAACUUUCCUGGAAACCUACCCGGUAUGACAUACGGCCCAUACUUUCCCACUCGAGCCGACUUAGUGGCCAACUCUUUGCUUAACCCGAACCCUAUAUUUGCAGAAAUUUUGGCCGAUUUAUUGGAGGAAAUGUCAAUCAACUCAGACUCGCCUAACACUGCGGCCAAUAAUCUAUUACAAGGAGGUCUUCUCAGCGCAGCUCAAAGCUAUCCAAGUCUUUCCAGCACCGCAUCCAACACCACAUUAACAUCGAGUCAGUCCAUCACAAACUCCGUGAGCUCAGCGGCCGCCAGCGGCACCGCAUUGGCCAUCGGCGGCGGCACAACCGGAUCAAACAAUUUAGUGAACUCAUCGCAAUCGCAUCAUCAACAGCAACAACAGCACCACAAUCACGGCCUAACGAUGUCCGUCACGUCCACCACGUCCUCCGAAUCGGAGCCCGACUUUCUGGAGACGUGUCAGUCGACCACUCUAUUGGCCGACUUGGAGGACGAGGAGGAGCUCCCGGAGCCCGAAGACGAGAACGAAGACGACGAGAAUGAAGACGACGACGACUACGAGUCGGAAAUGUUGGACGAAGAGUGCUAUGAGAUGCGGAACGGGAAGCGCAAGAACUGGGACGACGAGUACGUACUGAAGCGACAGUUCAGUGAUCUGAUACCGGCCUUUGAUCCCCGACCCGGCCGUACGAAUGUCAACCAAACCACUGAUUUAGAGAUAUCCUUGCCAUCCACUCAGGAGUCUGUGUGCAAAUCCGAAAAGCCGUCGCCCACUCCGCAGCUAUAUCUGACACUUCGAGGACCGAAUCUAUCGAGUGCUGGCGAAUUGGAAAUGGAUCUAAUGAACCCCGAGUGGACACUCUUCUCGGCGGUUCAGCAUCUCAUCCAGAAUUCGGACUUAAGUACAAAGCAGGAGAAGACCCGACGGGUAUGGGAGCCGACGUACGUUAUCGUCUACCGGGAGGCCAAACCCAAUGAUGACAUCAGCAACGCUUACUCCACACAAAUGGCACAAUUGAGAACAGUUUCGUCAUCCAAUUCCAAAGAGACUCUGAUGACAACCCCGGUAUACAAACGGCGCCGAGUGUUGUCCACUUCGGUGGACGUGUCGAACGGCGCCACUGUUGACGAAGUGUUGCAACUGUUGCGACUCUUAUACUCGAUGUCCAAUGAGUCCAAAUCGGAACCGAUGUCACUCUCGCAGCUAAACGACACGCUCUUCACUGUCAACGCCGACGAGUUUAUCAGCAAAAAGAUCACAAACAAACUGCAGCAACAGAUCCACGACCCGCUGGUACUGGUGUCGAACUGCGCGCCCGAUUGGUGCCAAUACCUGACACACAUCUGUCCGAUGCUAUUCCCGUUUGACAUCCGACAGACGUAUUUCCUGUCGACAGCGUUC